CCCGGGGCGAUCGCGAGUUCCGCCUUCUGUCUUAAGGAGGUGGCCUCGCUGUCCCGGACGGCGCUCGAGCUUCUCACACGCCCACUGCAGUCAUGUUCAUUCCCUGCGGGGAGUCGGUCCCCGACCUAACGAACUUCACACUCCUGAUGCCAGCAGUAUCUGUUGGAAAUGUUGGCCAGCUUGCAAUAGAUCUGAUUAUUUCUACACUGAACAUGUGUAAGAUCGGUUAUUUCUAUACUGAUUGCCUGGUGCCAAUGGUUGGAAACAAUCCAUAUGCAACUGAAGAAGAAAAUUCAAAUGAACUCAGUAUAAAUACUGAAGUGUAUUCCUUACCGUCAAGAAAGCUAGUGGUGCUUCAGCUGAGGUCCAUCUUUAUUAAGUAUAAAUCCAAGUCAUUCUGUGAAAAACUGCUGGCCUGGGUGGAAAGUAGCGGCUGUACCAAGAUCAUUGUUCUCUCGAGCAGCCAUUCAUAUCACCGUAAUGAUGCCCAGCUGCGCAGUACUCCCUUCCGAUAUCUGCUUACACCUUGUUUGCAAAAGAGUGUUCAAAAUAAAAUAAAGAGCCUAAACUGGCUAGAAAUGGAAAAGAGUCGGUGCAUCCCUGAAAUGAGUGAUUCUGAAUUUUGUAUUCGAAUUCCUGGAGGUGGAAUCACAAAAACACUCUAUGAUGAAAGCUGUUCUAAAGAAAUCCAAAUGGCAGUUCUGCUGAAAUUUGUUUCAGAAGGGGAUAAUAUACCAGAUGCAGUCAGCCUUGUGGAGUACCUCAAUGAAUGGCUUCAGAUAAUCAAACCAUGUAGUGACAGCCCCACAGCGUCUGCCUUGCCAUGGAAGAUCCCCAGCUCUUGGCGGCUGCUCUUUGGCAGUGGACUUCCUCCUGCACUGUUUUGAUGUUUUCAGUUUUUCCCUCGUCCCUCAGAGAUCACAAAACUGGCUGUUGGGCAUGUGCUGGACAGAAUUUUGUAUUGCCCGGGAUGUGUUAGAAGUGCUAUAGAAAAGAGGUUGUAGAGGUUGUUAUGUUUGUUAUAUAUAAGAAAUGUAAAUUCUGUACAAUAAACUUUAUUUUCUAAGUGGUUUUAUCUGAAAA